UGGGUUGAUUGAUACAGGAAGUAAUCGUCCAUUUUUCCGAAAUAAAAAGCUAAAAAAGGAGGAGGCCAUCAUGGCCUCUGGUGAGAAGAUAACUCUGACAGAUGCUCUGCAGAAUGUUGAUGUACUAGAUGAGUUACCUCUACCUGAUCAGCAGCCAUGUAUUGAGGCCCUCUCACUCUCGAUACACUAUCAAACCAACUUUGAUACCAACUUUGAGGACAGAGCAGCUUAUGUUACUGGUGUUGCCAGGUACAUCGAGGAGGCUACAGUUCAUGCAGAUCUUAAUAAGUUGUUAGAGGAAGGGCAGGAGUAUGCUGUUAUGAUGUAUACAUGGAGGUGCUGCUCCAGAGCCCUACCACAGGUGAAGAGCAAUGAGCAGGAGAAUAGAGUGGAGAUAUACCAUAAGAUAGUGGAGGUGCUAGAUCCAGGCGUGUCUAAACUCAGGGAAUUUAUGUACUUCCAGAGAAAAGCAAUAGAUCGUUUCUGUGGAGAGGUGAAGAGACUAUGUCACAAGGAAAAGAGAAAUGAUUUCGUGUCCGAGGCCUACCUAGUCACGCUGGGCAAGUUUAUCAACAUGUUUGCUGAACUAGAUGAGCUGAAAAACAUGAAGUCUAGUGUGAAAAAUGACUAUUCAGCUUACAGGAGAGCUGCACAGUUUUUGAAGGUGAUGGCUGACCCAGCUACCCUGGAGGAGUCUCAGAACCUGUCUAUGUUCCUUGCCACACAGAACAAGAUAAGAGACACAUUAAAAAACACUCUGCAGACUAUACCAGGAUAUGAGGACCUUUUUGCUGACAUCAUCAGUAUAUGUGUACACAUGUAUGAGAAUAAAAUGUACCUAGAGCCAAAUGAGAAAUACAUGCUUGUCAAGGUGAUGGCAUUUGGUUUGUUUAUGAUGGACAAUGCUGACAACAGUAUCUACAAGAUGGAUCAGAAGAAGAAACUCAGCAUCUCAAAAAUAGACAAAAUUCUCAAGCAAUUAGAGAUAGUACCUCUGUAUGGAGACAUGCAGGUAGCACCCUUCCAGUAUAUUAAAAACAGUACAAACUACGACCCUUCAAAAUGGCCGAACUGUGAGUCUGGUCAUGUGAGUCCGCAGUCGAACAUUCUGGCCAACCUAGAACCUAUCCGAGAAGAUCACAUGUCUUACAUUAGUCAGCUUUCCAGACACAGUAAUGAGGCAAUUACAACAACACGAGAGAGUCCACGGACAGAUGCUGAGAACAAAGAUCUGUAUGAACUGGCUUUACGAGGGUUACAGCUGCUCUCUGCAUGGACGCAACAAGUCAUGGAAUUGUAUUCCUGGAAGCUGUUGAACCCAACAGAUCCACACCAGAACAAAAAUUGUCCUGUUGAGUCAGAGGAGUAUGAAAGGUCAACACGUUAUAACUACAGCAGUGAGGAGAAAUUUGCCUUGAUUGAGGUGAUAGCCAUGAUAAAAGGUUUACAGCUAUUGAUGUUACGUAUGGAGUCUGUGUUUAUGGACGCUAUACGCAGACAUAUCUACGCAGAGCUACAGGACUUUGUACAACUUGUUCUCAGAGAUCCUGUCAGGAAAGCAAUAAAAAAGAAAAAUGAUGUCAUCAAAGUUAUUGUAAUGUCUGUUCGAAACACGUGUGUAGAUUGGUUACGAGGUGUUGAGCCCCAUGAGGACCCGGCUAUGAAGGGGAAAAAGGACCCAGAUGAAGGUUUCUUUAUUAAGGUUCCCAGACGCAAUGUUGGACCAUCAACCACACAGUUGUACAUGGUACGAACCAUGUUAGAAUCUCUGAUAGCUGAGAAGAACACUGGAGGAAAGAAAACACUAAGAAAGGACAUAGACUACCAGCAUUUUCUUGCCAUUGAUAAUUUCCACAAAAAUUCCUUCUUCUGGUCCUAUGUGCUCAAUUUUAAUGAAUCUCUGCACAACAGUUGUAAUCUUUCCCAGCUCUGGUACAGGGAAUUCUUUCUUGAGAUGACCAUGGGACGUAGAAUACAGUUUCCAAUUGAGAUGUCAAUGCCUUGGAUACUUACAGACCACAUUCUGGAAACCAAAGAACCCUCUAUGAUGGAAUACAUUCUCUACCCACUAGAUCUGUACAAUGAUAGUGCACACAAUGCCCUGAUUCUCUUCCAUCAGCAGUUUCUCUAUGAUGAAAUUGAAGCAGAGGUAAAUCUGUGCUUUGACCAGUUUGUGUACAAACUCAGCGAUCAGAUUUUUGCCCAUUAUAAACAUCUUGCUGCAAGUAUGAUGUUAGACAAGAGAUUCCGUGCUGAGUGUGCUAAUGCUGGUAUUACAAUAAGUUACCCUGUAGCAAACCGUUAUGAGACGUUGUUGAAACAACGCCAUGUACAGCUCCUGGGGCGCUCCAUUGAUCUGAACAGACUGAUUGGCCAGAGAAUCAAUGCAGCGUUACAGAAAUCGCUAGAAGUGGCCAUUUCUAGGUUUGAAGGUGGAGACAUUACAGGAAUUAUGGAACUGGAAGGUCUGAUAGAUUGUAACAAACUGACACACAAACUGUUGAAGAAGUUCUUAACACUGAAUGAGUUUGAUGCAAUGUUGCGUGAGGCGAAUCAUAACGUGUCAGCACCUUAUGGAAGGAUUACACUACAUGUGUUCUGGGAACUUAAUUAUGACUUUCUGCCAAACUUCUGCUACAAUGCUGCAACAAAUAGGUUUGUAAAGACAAAGCUAAUAUUUGUGGAGGCCAGUCAACGUGAUAAACCGCCAAAUCCAUCUCAUCCAUAUAUCUGGGGAACAAAGUCAUUGACGACAUCGUUCAGCUCUGUCUACAGCCAGUAUGCAGGCUUUGUGGGACCUCCACAUUUCCGUGUGAUUUGUCGGUUGCUAGGUUACCAGGGUAUAGCAGUAGUUGUUGAAGAACUCCUCAAAAUUGUAUCAGAUCAGCUGAAGGGACCAUUAAUGAAGUACACCAAAACAUUGAUGACAGUUAUGCCACAAAAUUGCCGUCUGCUGCGAUAUGACUAUGGAUCACCUGGUGUAAUGGGCUACUACCAAGCCCAGCUUUCUGAGCUGAUACAGUACCCAGACAUGAGAACUGAGGUGUUCCAAAUAUUCCGGGAAGUAGGAAAUGCCAUCCUGUUCUGUAUACUUAUAGAACAAGCGUUGACCCAGGAAGAAGUGUGUGAUUUAAAGCAUGCAGCACCUUUCCAGAACAUCAUACCAAAACCAUUCAUACCAGUCAAAGAGGGUGAGAGUAGGAAAGAGAAGGAACAAGAACUGAAGGCAAUGAUGAAGAGAUUGGAAGCUAAAUACCAAGCCUUACAAGUUGUACCUGUCAUUGGCAAGUUUGGAAAUCAAAAGCAAUCUGACAUAGCUCAGGAAGGUGAUUUGUUGACAAGGGAACGACUGUGUUGUGGUCUGUCUAUGUUUGAAAUCAUUCUGAAACGUAUCCAGUCCUUCCUGGAUGACCCAGUCUGGCAUGGCCCACCACCAGCUAAUGGUGUGAUGAAUGUGGAUGAAUGUACAGAGUUCCACCGACUGUGGAGUGCUAUACAGUUUGUGUUCUGUGUGCCAGUAGGAGAACAUGAGUAUACUGUAGAAGAGCUGUUUGGUGAGGGUUUGAACUGGGCUGGCUGUGCUAUAAUUGUGCUGUUAGGACAACAGAGAAGAUUUGAGGCUCUAGAUUUCUGCUACCACAUCCUGAAGGUCAACAGGGUCGACAUGAAAGAUGAAAAUGUUAAAGGCAUUCAAUUAAAGAAAAUGGUAGACAGAAUAAGGAAGUUUCAGAUUUUGAACAACCAGAUAUUUGCCGUACUGAACAAGUAUCUCAAAUCGGAUGACAGAGAUGGUCUGCCUGUGGAGCACGUGCGCUGCUUCCAGCCACCAAUACAUCAGUCACUUGCAACCACUAUAUAGACAGUACUAGUCCAUGAAAAUCAGAACUUGAUAUUGUAGUAUAAGAAGUUACAUAAGUUAUAUUAUGACUUGCCAUGACUGGAGCCAGGAUGUAUAUGCACACAGAAGUCUGUUUAAUUAGAUAAUGUACAGUUACUAUGGCAACCUACUUGCAAACAUGUGUUCAACGAAAAACUGUGUACAGUAGUUACAGCUUCCAUAUUUUGACAUGGUAAAUUUUUAUAAAUAGGGCACAUUUUUAGAGGAUUGCAAGCUUAAGUCUUUGACCUGGAAAAUAGUGUUUGUGCUGAUGUGAUCUAAGGUUCAAAGUCUAAAUACUUUUUUCUGCAUAUUUGCUUGUUUUGAGAAAAUUGCAACAUGCUUACAUAGAAUAAGCGGGUACUCCUUACAAGUUCAGGAAUACGAUUAGCUUAAUUGACAAUAUGUACAAAUUUGUAUCAGUUUACCAUGGUCGAGUUCAUUCUGUCCUGCUUGAGUUACCUUUGAUGUAUACAUGUCUGUUUUGCUGUUUGCUUUUAUUAUGUAUUGUUUAUUUAUAAUGGUUUUGAAUAAUAUAGUCAUGUUUUUUAUAUCAAAUUUAUAUCUGAUGUCAGAACUAUAAAUUUUUAUCAAAAUAUGUCAAGGUAUACAAUGUACUUGAGUAUAUUUUAAAUAUAAAAGCAGUUCACUCACAGUUGUUACAUAAAUGACAAAUAAAAGUGAUUUUAUACCAAAUACCACUGUAUUAAACAUUUUUGAACAAUUGUAUUUAAAGUACAUGUACCAUGUGGAGUUCAUUUAUAUACUUCUAAAUGACUGUGGCAUCCCUUCAUUGGCUGUUAACUAGACCUGUAUUUGCAGAAGGACAUAGUCAAUAUGACAAUAUAGGUUUUGAAGUGCUAGUAACAAUGUAAGGCACAUCAGUGCUCUUUAAUGAGAUGUUUAUCAUAUACCUUAAAGCAAUGUAUAGGUAUAUAAUAAUUUUUUUGAUUAAUGAAGAUUUCAAUAGCUGGAAAAUAUAAUAGCCAAGUAUUUCAUUCAUAGAUAAUAUUAUAUAUAUAUAUACUAUAUGCAUGCCAUUUGGUAAAUCUUACAGAAAUAAAUUAACAGUGAUCUGUAUUUUAUACUGAUUCUUAUUAUUUGUGCAAUAUUUUUGUACUUUCUUUGUGUUGUAAAUAUGUUUGUGACUUUAUGAGUGCUUACAUACAUUGUACUACUGAUCUGAAACAAGCUGGAGACUAUGAUGCAGGUUCAUGUGGUGAAACAUGGCUCCCUUCAAAAUUAAUUAUGUAUGUAUAUCACUGAAUUUAAUUAAGAGGCUAAGACCUGAUUGAAUUUGUAAAGGUGAAAUUGGAAAAGAAUUUUUUUUUAAAAAUGACAAAGCGUGGAAUAUACUUAAGUUAAAGGGCAUAGUUAUGUAAAAAUCCAUCAUUUUGAGCCAAUGUCGUGAUUUUGCAUACGUGCAGUUUUGUUUUUAAGACACCUGCCUGUAUGAAGACUCUCCGAGUUACAUCCAGUUUUGAUUUUUUACAUCCAGAAGAUUUUACAUAAUGAUAGAGUGUAUGUACCUUAUAUAGUUAUAUGGUUGAAACAUGUAUGAUAUUAUGAUUAAAGAUAUGUGUAAAGUA